GUGAAAGCGCCCGCCCCUGGCCACUCUCGAGGCCACCUGGACAGAGGCGGGGACCGCUGGAUGUUCGAAGACGAACAUGCAGGUGUCCGCGUCCUGGUUUGCGGCCUUGCCUUGGGGUUAGUGGGGCGUGAGGGCGACUGAGAACUCGCCUUCAUGGAGAGACGACUCUUCUGCCCUCACUCCGGCUGCUGCAUCUCCUCAGGCCGCUGAGGCGACUUCCGCGCUCUUUCCCAGCCCGGCCGCCGUGGCCGCCGCCCCCUCCGAAGCCAUGCUGCCAGCUUGGCUAAGCCGGAGCUCCCGGGGGGUGCUCCACGGCGCCGGCCGCAGUCUCUCGCUCAGCCCCCGAUCCCGCAGCCCCGUGUCUCUGGAGCGGGGAGCCGCGCUGGGGGCAGGGGCGAAGUUCGAUCAGGAGCGCGCCGAGGAGCGGCUAGCGGCUGCCAGACCGUGGUCUAGGGCGGGAGGCCUCGAGGAGCUUGGGAGGCGACCCCGGCCCACCUUGAGCCCGGGCUCCGCCGCCUCCUGCAGCUGCUGGGGCCUCCUGCCCACCCACUGGGGGCUGCUCCCGCAGGUGCCGGGCAGCCCCCGUCCCAGGACUGGCGUCACGGCUGGCCUGCGGUUAGCAGGGUCCGGCCGAAGAGGACACAGCUCCGCCGGGGGGAGGGGGGCCCCGGAACAAACGCCAGAUGCUCCCGGAGCGAAAGAAGUCUUGAACUCGCCGUGGAAACGGCGUCCCUCCAGCCUGUAUGAAAACCCAUGGACAAUUCCAAAUUUAUUGUCAAUGACAAGAAUUGCCUUGGCACCUGUUUUGGGUUAUUUGAUUAUUGAAGAAGAUUUUAAUGUUGCACUAGGAGUUUUUGCUUUGGCUGGAUUAACUGAUUUGUUGGAUGGAUUUAUUGCCAGAAACUGGGCCAACCAGAAAUCAGCAUUGGGAAGUGCUCUUGAUCCACUUGCUGAUAAAAUACUCAUCAGUGUCCUGUAUAUUAGCUUGACAUGUGCAGAUCUCAUUCCAGUUUCACUCACUUACAUGAUUAUUUCAAGAGAUAUAGUGUUGAUUGCUGCCGUUUUUUACAUCAGAUAUAGGACUCUUCCAUCACCACGAACACUGGCUAGAUAUUUCAAUCCUUGCUAUGCCACUGCCAGGUUAAAACCAACAUUCAUCAGUAAGGUGAAUACAGCAGUUCAAUUGAUUUUAGUGGCAGCUUCUUUGGCAGCUCCAGUUUUCAAUUAUGUUGACAGCAUUUAUCUUCAGAUACUUUGGUAUUUUACAGCUUUCACCACAACUGCAUCAGCCUACAGUUAUUAUCAUUACGGCCGGAAAACAGUCCAGGUGAUAAAAGACAAAUAAAUAUCAUGCACAACAUUAUUAGCUGGAAAGCAGUAAGAUAUCUACAUCAGAACCAGCUGGUAAUCUGCAGGAAUCUCCCUUUUUUUGUUAGUUUGGAAAAGACUUUAACAAAACAUAAACCAUGUCAGUGUCAUCCCAAUUGAAGUCAAGUGCAUUGAAAUUAAGCUUAAAUCAUGUACUGUACAUAUGUGGAAUUUUCCAAUGUAUUUUUAAAUAAAAAUAUAAUUUGGGA